GUAUUACUCUGUCACACAAUAACUCCACCAAAUCAAAAUCCAUUGCUAGACUAGAUUUGGUCAAUUCAAACAACAAAAUAAAAAGUUACAUUAUAUAUCUUUUAUGGUGCCAAAAGUUACAUUAUAUAUAGUAACAUGUGGUUUGAUUAUUUGUAAGUAGCAAGGUUAAGUAGUGAUAUUGAGUCUUCAAGAUGAAGUCCUUUGAAAAUAUUUAUGAUACCAUUAACCUAAAAAAUCAAAAUAGUAACAUGUUGGGUUUCUCUGUCUCUCCUCAAAUGAAUAUAAGUGUUCCAUCCUUUGCUGCUGCUGCUACUGAAACAGUUCCAACAAGCUUUUAUUAUCACCCUACACCUCUUCAUAACUAUGGCUUUUACUAUGGACUUGAAGGUGAACAUGUUGGAUUGUAUUCACCUUUGCCUAUUAAUAUGCUUGAUGGAUCAACAUAUGGUAUAGAAGCUCUUAGUAGAUCACAAUCACAAGCAAUGGGAUUUCCUCAAUAUGAAUGUAAUACCAAAGAAGCACUGCAACUAAACAUGGAUAGUAUUUUCUACAACCAAACUUCAUGGCAUAAUAAACCAAACAAUCCAAAUAAUGUAAGUUAUGUACAAGAGAGUACGAGUCUGUUGGAGAGUCUGAGGGAGCAUCAGGAGCAACAAGUCUCGUAUUACACCGUCUUAGGAAAUCGUAAUGUGAUAUUAGAAGGGUCGAUGAAAAAUCAGCUAAAAGAUAGUUUCCAGCUCCCAAAUAUAGUUGAAGAUGAAGUUUCUGGUCUUAAGAGAUGGGUCUCAAGGGACAUUCAUGCUACUAAUCAUGCACAAGAGUCAAAAUAUGGGUUGACCAUGAGUCCUACCUCACAAUCUAGUUGUGUUACAAGUUCACAACAAACAUCACUUACUGAUUCUGUUUCCAUUGAUACAAUGAAAAGGAAAAAGAAUCAGAAUCAAACCUUUGGGCAAAGAACAUCUCAAUAUAGAGGUGUAACAAGACAUAGGUGGACUGGUAGAUAUGAAGCUCAUCUAUGGGAUAACAGCUGUAAGAAAGAAGGACAAGCUAGGAAAGGAAAGCAAGUUUAUCUAGGAGGUUAUGAUAUGGAAGAAAAAGCUGCAAGAGCUUAUGAUAUGGCUGCACUCAAGUAUUGGGGACCCUCCACUCGUAUAAAUUUUCCAUUAGAAAAUUAUCAAAAGGAGCUUGAGGAAAUGAAGAAAAUGACUAGACAAGAAUAUGUUGCUCAUUUAAGAAGGAAAAGCAGUGGAUUCUCAAGAGGAGCUUCCAUGUAUAGAGGAGUAACAAGCAGACAUCAUCAACAUGGAAGGUGGCAAGCUCGAAUAGGGAGAGUUGCUGGAAAUAAAGAUCUCUAUCUUGGAACAUUCACUACACAAGAAGAAGCAGGUGAAGCCUAUGACAUAGCUGCUAUAAAAUUCAGAGGAGCAAAUGCUGUUACAAAUUUUGACAUAACAAAAUAUGAUGUGGAAAAAAUUAUAGCAAGCAAUAAUCUUCUUAACAGUGAAGAAGCUAAGAGAAACAGAAAAAUGGAUGAUUUAAUUAACAUUGAAGAAGCCAUUAAUCCAAUGCAGAAGAGGUGCAAAAUUCAAUCAUUCUCAAUAGGUUUAGAAGAAAUAUAUAAUCAAGAAGUAGAGGAAUAUUCAAAUAGAGUGUUACAUGUAUCAAAUCCUUCUUCAAUUGUGACAAGUUUGUGCAGCUCAAGAGAACAAAGUCCUGAAAACAGAACAAGCUUACCAAUGCUGUUUGGAAUGACUUCAACAGAAUCAAUGUCUUCAUUUUCUUUGCCUCAAAUGCCACUGUCUUUUUUUGCUGCUUGGAAUGAUGCAGCAUAGUCAGUUUUGUUUUGUAAUUGCGCCGCGCACUUUUUUAUCUCAACUGUAAGAUCUUAAAUUAACAGUCGAGAUUGUUUCAAACUGGUUUUGUUAUAACUUGUUUCACAUGCAUGUUCUCGAGGACAGUUUCUGUCAUAAUCCAUUUAUUUAAAUUUAAUCGUUA